ACCCGCCGUCGCAUGCCGCGCAAAUCGCCCUCGUCCGCCUCGGACCUCUCAUCGCCCCGACCGUCCGCGUCCCCACCACCAAAGCCACGCACCACCCGCAGAUCGACCGCGUCCCGUUCCACCUCGGCACAGCCACCGACUCGCCAGGACUCGGCACCGCCCACCGCCCUCAGGAGAGGGAGGAGCCGUGGGCCCUCCCAUCCCCCGCCGCCGCCGCCCCCGCCGCCCGAACCCUCGUCCUCCACCACCCGCUCGAGGUCCACCAGGAGCGCCAGUGCCAAGGGCAAGGCCAAGGCCGUCGACCCGCGCGAGGACGACCGCGGCGGCGACGACGGCGGCCCCGCAUCCCGGCGAGCCCGCUCUCGAGACGGCGACGGCGACCAGCCCAUGACCAAGGUCAAGGCCGAGCCGCGCGACGACGACGACGACAACGACUCGCUCUUUGGCGGCAGCGCCAACGGCGACGACUCGUCCCUCACGCCCGCGUCCGCCUCGAGCGACCCUCCCGCACCCGCCGCAUCCACCUCCGACAACCCUCCUCCUCCCUCUUCCCCUCCUCGUCCUCAUCCUCGAGCCGGCUCGCCCUCGAACGCCGGCGACACUGCCCCAGAAGCCGCCCAGCUGAGCGACAUCCCCGAGGCCGACUCGACUGACGGCGACGGCGACGGCGCCCCGGCGUCGGCAUCGGCGCCUGAGCGCGCAGAGCCGCAGGACGAGAGCACGGUCGUCGAGCGAGCACCAGAGGGGGACGAAGCUGGGGCGGCUGCGGUGGCCGACGGGCCGAGCGCGGCGGGUGAGGGCGAGCCGGGAGAGGCGGAUCGUGCGCCCGAGGAGGGCACGGCGGUAGUCGAGGACACGACGAUGGGCGAGGAGAAGCGGGACGAGAAGCGAGAGGGGACGAGCGAGAAGGACGGACCGGGCAGAGCGGUCGAGCAGGAGAAGAAGCAGGAGGACGGCGAGGGCGAUGAGUUGAUGAAGGACCGCGAGGAGGCCGGCGCACCGUCGCCCGCCGCCAAAUCGCCCUCGCCGUCUGCGCCGACGACGACGAUCGAGACGCCCGCCGAGCCGCCUGCCGCCGACGGCAGUGCGCCCAAGAGCCCGCCGUCCACCUCGACCUCAACCGCACCCGCUCCCGCUCCGACAGCUCCCUCCCCUACGCCGCCCACCGCUCUCGCCCAAGCCGUCCUCGCCUCGGCCGACGCAGCCCCACCCGCCGCGCCCAGCACCUCUCUCACCUCGCCCUCGCUCCCCUCCUCCACCUCGACCGCGCCCAAACGCUCGCCGCCCGUCCUCCCGCCCGGCGGCAUCCCCAUGCCCGCCGGGCUCCAGACCAUGACGCCGCACGACGUCCGGCGCCGGUUCAACGGCCACAAGGUGUCGUGCGUCCAGGCGCUCAACGCCGAGCUGAUCCGGUGCGCCGACGAGGUGCUCAAGGAGCGGCCCGUCAACCAGAUCGAGUACGGCCCGAUCAUGCUGCGGCUGCAGUCGAACGUCACCUACCUCAACUCGAUGGCCGAGAUUGCGCUCAACAAGGACGGCAGCAAGCGCCUCGUCGUCCCUGCUCCGCCCAUCCUCGACGCGCCCGAGACGCCCAUCUUCGGCCCGCGGUUCCUGUCGGCGUACAAGUCGCUCAAGAGCUACUUCAUCGCGGCCGACAAGUACGAGCAGCAGUACAAGCGCGGCCUGACGCUCGUUGCGACGGCGGCGACCCCGGCGAGACCGACGGCGGCACCUGCUGCGGCGCAUGCCCCGGCCGGCGCACACCCGCAGCCGCAGCAGCAGCAGCCGACGACGACGACGACCUCGGCGCCGCUCGAGGCCGUCAACGGCGCGCCCAAGCGCUCGCGCUCGUCCGACGAGCUCGCGAGCCCGGACGCCAAGCGCCGCCAGGUCUCGGGCUCGGUCGCUCCUGGUCCCGGCGGCGCUGUCGAGCUCGCGACCGUGCCCGAGUCGGCCGACGAGGACGUCGUCGAGGUCGUGCCCGCGACGCCGGCGCCGCCCGGCAUGGCGAGGCCGCCGCAGCUGCAGCAGGUCAUGCUCGGGCAGCAGCCGCAGCCACCGCCGCUCCAGCCGCACCAGCAGCAGUCCGAGGCGGCGAGCCGGUUCAACGCGCCGCCACCGCUCCAGCAGACGAUGCUCGGCGUCGACCCGCACCAGCAGGGCGGCGCGUCGCCUGCCCUGAGCGCGAGCUCGGCCGUCCCGCCCGCUCGCCGCAGCGCGACGCCGUCGCAGCAGCAGCAGCACCUCGCUCAACAGCAGCAGCAGCAGCAGCAGCAGCAGCAGCUGUACGCGACGGCGCCGCCGCCGCGCCCGCCGAGCGCCCAGCGCACCAUGUACGGCUCGGCGAUCCCGCCGCACUUGCAGGGCGGCGCGCCGCCUCCCUCGCCCGGCGCUGCCCCCUCGCCGAGCGCGCCCUCGCCGACGACGGCGUCGUCGUUCGCGCAGCAGCAGCAGCAGGGCCAGGGCCAGGGUGGGGCGUUCGGCGCGCCGCAGGGCCCGGGCAUGACGCAGCAGCAGCAGGCCAUGAUGCUCCGUCAACAGCAGAUGCAGCAGCAGCAGCAGAUGCAGGCGAGCAUGGUGGCCGCUGCGGCGGCGGCGCAGGCGAGCGCUCAAGCCCCGGCCCAAGGCGGCAUGGUCGCCUCGUCGUCGUCGCCUCGGCCCGGCUCGGCCGCCGGCAGCGCGACGGGCAGCACGUCGAGCACGACGCCGGACAACCGCCCGCUCGCCGAGCAGUACCAGUCGGUGCAGGCGCUCAUCUCGGCGCCCACGUUCCGCCAGCUCCCGCCCGCGCUCCAGACGCAGCUCCAGAGCCAGGCCCAGAGCCUCCUGUACCAGCUCCAGGCGCAGGCGCACGCCGCCAUGGGCGGCGCGAGGACAGCAUCGGCGUCGGCGCCCGCUCCAGGGCCGAGCCCGGCCCAGCAGGCCCAAGCGCACGCCCUCGCGCAGGCCCAAGCGCAGCGCACGAUGAGCCCGGCGCCGAGCCACGCCCACGCGCCGAGCCCGCGCGCGCGCGUCCCGAGCUCGAGCUAUUCGCAGAGCCCGCAGGUCGCGCACGCCCAGGUCAACCGGCAGGCGAGCGUCGGCGCGCCAGGCCCGGGUCCGGGCGCGCCGGGCUCGCAGUACGCGACGAGCUACGCCGGCAGCCAUGCCGGGAGCCCGCCUGCGUCGGCGAGCGGCGCGCCGGGCUCGAUGCAGCGCCCGACGAGCGCGCUGGGCGGAGCCGGCGGCGGUCCGAGCGAGCGAGGCGACGGCGGCGGCGGCGGCGGCGGGUCGGCGUCGUUCUUCCGCGAGCAGCUGCAGGCGCAGCAGCAGCAGGCGAUGCGCGCCGGCACGCCGCAGCAGCAGCACAUGCAGCAGAUGCAGCAGAUGCGCGCGAGCUAUGCCCAGCAGUACGCCUCGUCCGCCCAGCAGCAGCAGCAGCCGCCGCACCAGCGCGUCGCGUCCGGCGGCAUGCAUCAUGGGUCGCAGGCCGGCUCGCCGGCACCGUACGGCCAGCAGCAGCAGCAGCAGCACUCGUCGCCGGCGCCGUACGGCAACUCGGCUCCGUCACCCGCCCAGUACCAGCAGUACGCCGCCGCGCACGCCCAAGCCCAGGCCCAGGCCCAGGCUCAAGCUCAAGCGCAGGCGCAGCUCCAUAGGCAGGCGCAGGCGCAGGCUCAGUCGACGCCGGGCAUGCAACACCGCCAGCCGCCCGGCGCGGGCAUGUACGCGUCGCUCGGCUCGCCGCAGACGGGUGCGCCCUCGCCCGCGCAGUCGGUCCAGGGCGGUACGCCGACGCCUCAGCAGCGCAUGCAGCAGCAGCAGUACCUGGGCAUGCAGUCAGGCCCGACGGCGCAGCACCUUAUGCAGCAACAGCAGCAGCAGCAGUACAACUCGCAGUACUCGCACGCGCCGUCGCCCGCGCCGAGUUCAGCGCCGUCGCCGUACACCGCUCAGCAGUACCAGGCCGCCACGCCUUCGUACUCGCAGGCGAUGCGGCCUCCUCCUCCCUCGCAGAACGCCGCACCACCACCACCUCCUCAACAGCCACCGCCGGCGUCCGCUCCUCCUUCGUCGUCGGCCUUCUCAAACCAAAACCUCGGUCGCGACGGCUCGCCCUUCCUCGCGGGUUCGCUCCCCUCGUCGACCCUCUCUGGGCCCACCUCGUUCAAUACUGGCGCCUCGGCGUCCUGGAUCGACGUCGGUACGCCCUCGCUCGGCGUCUCGAUCGACGACUCGUCCGACCCCUGGGGAGAAGGGUUCGGCUCGAGCGGCGGCGGCGGCACGGAGCCGGCCAAGAGCGGCGCAGGGGCGGUCGACACGUCGGCCGACGACGACUGGGAGGUGUGGCUGGCCUGA